AUGUUCGCAAUUGCUCACAAUUCGAUCCUCCGGGAUUCAUUGGCCGGAAUUCUUCAAUUGAGCCCCGAAAGAGUUUUUGAUGAGUACAGACCACCACCAUUCACAGGUAACCUUGUCGUUGGAGUUGAAGAUCUUCGCGACGCCAAUCUCCGUUUUGCAGUCAGAUAUUUUCUUGCAAAUGUUGAGAAGAAUAUUUCGUUGUUCAUUGUAAAGCAGGAAUGGAGUGAGAACGACGAGAAGUUCUUCGAUGAUCUCGUGAAGACCGAAUAUCGAAGAGCUCAUGACUUGAAUCAAGUCGCUAUUGACCGUGUCAAUAAGCUACCGGAGAACGAUUGGAAGAAUGAUAGAUUGGACCAGUUGAACGAGUGGAGGACCAUUCCAGCAAUCAAUUACAGCUUGCUCACACUCAAUGAUAACUUGAAAAAUCAAAUCGACAGUUUCGCCAAAGUGACAGCGUGUGCAAUCUCUGAUGACGACGAACAAUUGACCAGCAAACCACCGGUACUCCACUGGACAGCUGAUCCAUUGGAAGGAGAGAUUCAAUUCAUUGCUCAAUUGAAUUUCCCGCUCUCUGGACCAGACGACUCGACUUUUCGAGAGAUCUGUCGACUUUUGAAGCCUCAUUUCGAGAGUUGUUACGAGUGGACUGGAGGAAUUCUGUUGACAAGUGAACCUGUCAGAUUGCAUGUUCAGAGAUUCAGUGAUACACAAAUCGAGUUCGCUGCCAGGAUUUGUGUUGAUGAGUUAGAAGGAGACGAAGCGGAUCGACCAAUGCGUUUCAUUUGGCCAUAUCUUGCAGUUUCAUUGAAACAAGCAGUCCAAGUGCUCUCCGAGCAUCCACAUCUUCAGUACUCGAUCUCAUUCGUCCCAUUCGGCACAAUUUUCUUCAAAUCCAAGGAAAUCGAGGCUCGAGUUUUCGAUGCAACCGUCUUCUGUUCGACUGCUUUGAAAUACGAAAAAGUCGGUUUCCGUGUCGGAGACGCAGUUCAUCAUGUCGAUAUUGCUCAUAUCUUUCCGGAUGGAACAUAUCCAUCACUUUCACGUCUUCUAUCAAUGAAUCCUCCAUCUCCGAAAUUCUCUCGUCCUGAUUCUGUUAAUGAUUCAGUGUCUCCUUCUCUUAUAUCUGAACCACCGACUCCUGGAGGACUCGCGGCUCCUCAUAACAGAGGAAGACGAGUUUCUUUCGGAACCAUAAAACUAAUGUCCGAUGCUCCAUCGAAUCCAGAAAUUCCAAUUUUGAAUGGAAAUGACGACGGCGGAGUGAAGACAGUUGACGCCUUCAUCGAUAAGAUGCUUCAACAGACAAUGGAUCAGUUGGCAGUUUGA